AUGGCUGCCAGCUGGGUGUCUCCUCGUCUGUCCUCCGUCACCUGCCUCCUGCUGGCGCUGGCACUGAUUCCUCGCGCCGCCCAGGCGUUGACCUGCUCGGUGUGCAACUCGGUCUUCGACAAGGACUGCCUCACCUCACCGCAGAAUUACGUCAAGGAGUGCGUGGCACCUCCGCAGUACAACAGCAGCGAUUACCCGCCCUUGUGCCGGAAGAGCAGGCUCGUGGUGUACAAGCCCGAAAUGCCACUGCGGGUGUCGCGCUCCUGCGGCUACCUCAAGGACUUGCACGAUAAGGACUGCCGUGAUGUUUACCCAACGGGCAUGUUCCUCGAGGUGUGCCAGUGCUUCACGGAUGCAUGCAACGCGGCGCCACCGUCACUGCCCUUCGGCGCCGGCGCCACCUGGCGGACGUGGUGGUGGCCAGCCGUGACCAUCAUCUUAGCGCUGUUUCAGUGA